UGCAAAAUGGCGUCCUCCAUGGAUGAAAAUAUUCAAAAUCAAAAUAUUAGUUCUGCAACACUUAUACGAUCUUUAACGAUUUUAACUUCCCCAGCCCUGUCUAAAUCUUCACUUUUAGAUGGAAGCAGUGAGCAGCUUUUAGACAAUGUCCUACAGAGCAAUCUUCAGCAAUUUGUUCAUCAUUUAUCUUCAGCAUCUGACCUCCAAGACAAGCUGGAAGGCUCCGGUUUUCUUUUACUCCAACAUAAUCUGCAUAAAUCAUUUUUGGAUGGAAACAACUUAACCAUAAGACAAAAAUUUACUGAAGUUUGUAUUGCUGUGCUGGAUUGUUUGAAAAACGCCUUGAGUGAAUUAAGUUCCAACUCAGUUGAACCUUUGAGUACUAGGUUGAAUAGUGGCGAACAGACACCAAGUUUAUGUCCUGAUGCAUUAAGUAUUCAACAAGAAAAAGUGAUAUCAACAGCUGUUCAGUUUGUGUUAGUCUUAGGUUUGUACCCAUACCUGGCUCCUGGUGUAGGAAUACCAGUGUCACAACGGCUGGGACCGGGACAGAUAUUAUUAGCAACUGCCCAAGAUUACUCACAAGAAUUUAGUGAUCUGGAGAGGUUACAGUUUAUUCUGCCUGUAACCAAAUUGUUGUGCUCAAUGCUUGAAGUUCCUUCAUUAAAAGAUAUUGUAUUAAAUAAUUAUCUGGCUGACCUGCUGACAUCGUUAAUCCAGCUUCGUUAUUCCAGCAGAAUAAUAUUAAAUAAGCUUGAAUCACAAAAUAAGGAUAAAAAUUCUAAUGCAGAGGCUAUUGAGAUAAAAACCAAAGAUUCUAAUGUUGAUGUAUCAAAACACAACAGCAACAAUGAAUUAAUAUUGUUCCCUUCUGAUAAAGUACUAAAAAUACAUCUUGAUUCCACUAAUAAGCCCUGGACUUUGCACUCCGUCAUAGAGUAUGGGAACAUAAAUAUUGACAGUGUAAUUAGAUUGACAAGUACACCUCAAGCACUGAAAGUUAUUAUGCUACUCUCUUGUCCUGGGAAACAUGGUAGUUCCAGUGUGAAGAGUGCUCCUUGGUUUAGAAAAACUGUGGCUUGUAUACUGAGAGAUAUCAUCAUGGCUCCCUCUGGUGUUCAGCAUCUGAUUGGUCUAUUCAUUGAAGAAGGUGCAGAGUCAGGUAAAAGCUCUCAAGACUGGCAGAGGUGUCGUGCCUUGGCACAGGUGAUAUCCAGGUGUCCUUUGACAGCCAGCAACACUGAAAAGUUCUAUAGAUCUGUGUGCCAACAGCUGAUAGACCACCUAAAGACACCUCUACUGAAAAUAAAACCCCUAGUGGUGAGGGCCAUUGGUGUGACUCUAUUAGAAAUGACCAAUCAACAAGCUGAAAUAAUGCAGACUGUUUGCUGGUCUAAUUUACUAUCACCCCUGCAAAAACUGACUUACAGCAAUGAUAAACUAAACAGUCAACAUCAAAUCGUUGUCGCAGAGGAUUGUUUGUCUUCUUGUAUUGAAACUUUACACAAGGUUUAUGUGCUUGGUCAAGAACCACAAUCAACAUUGCCUUCCACAUUAUCUCCCAUUUUCGGAGUGCUCUUUUCACUCCAUGUCUUUGCCAGAAAUGGAGUGUCAAGUUUAAAAUCAUAUAUCAGUGAGCUUCUAAAGGUAUAUCUAACACACUGUGACACCCAGACAGGUGUGUCCUACUUGCUGACUGUAGUCACAAAUUUACCUGACCAGACCAGCCCAUUUCCUUUACUGCGCAGCAAAGUCAAAUUUGAGUACGGAGUAAACGGUGGGAUACAAGCAGUACUGGCUGAAUCUACUAUGUCUGAUCUCAAUAUGGAUUCCUGGCUUCAACCGGGAGAGGCUGCCCUAAGUCUUUUGCUGGAGAUGAACUCUGAACUUUUGAUCCCUCAACUGUUCAUGUCACUCUUGGAGAAACUGACAAACAUCAUCACAACAGAAGUAGAACAUCAUGAUGUUUUACUGCCCACUAGAGUUCUCACCUCUGCUGAGCAUUCUGACAAGAUCAGGGAAUUGAAAGAAAAAAUUACUCUGGUCAGUUUUUUGGCUGCACUGGGAGAAAAAUUUGGCGAGGAAGUUAUUCAGAGCAGUCAACAUGUCCUGAGGUUUACAAAGGCAACAUUGGAAAGAUGUGUUCACGUCUGCCAGUGUACCAGUGAGUCCAGCACAAAAUACUUUGAGUGGGAAACUGUAUCCAUGGCAUUAGGGCUGCUGACAGCUGUGCUAGGUGGGGCUGUACAGUUGACUGAGGAAGACAAGCAGCUUCUAGAUGGUCUCCUGCCUCUGUUGUCAGCUGUUGGAGAGAGUGAGGCUACAGACCCAAGUGUUAAGGAAAUGGCUGAGGACCUGAAGGUUGCCGUGGCAACAAGAGGGCUUGUGUGGGCGGAGCUGAGCAAACCAAAAACUAAACCAUCAGCAGUUGAUAAGAAUAAUAAACCAGGGGAGACUACUACAAAGAAACCACUCAUUGAGCUCCUGGCUGAAACAAGUUUUGAAGAUGGCCAUGAUUGUCAUACCAAACCUGACAGGCCAAAUGAAAGUUAUACCCAUGGUAAAACACCUGACAGCAUAGAGUCAGCUCUGCAGGAUUUGUGUGACCCACUGUUGCCUGUCAGGAGCCAUGGGCUGAUAACUCUGGCCAAGCUGGUAGAGAACAGGAACCCAGAAGUCAUUGAGAAACAGCAAGUUCUUUUGAAGAUUUUUCUUGAAAACCUGACACACACAGAUUCCUACAUGUACCUGGCAGCAGUGAACGGCCUGUCUGCACUAGGUGACCUUAACCCUCAUCAAGUCCUGACACGCCUCACAGCAGAGUUCAGAACACUGUGUAGCAGGGGCGCCAAAUCUGAGGAGAUGACCCUGAAAGUGGGCGAGGCACUCAUGAAAGCAACAAGACGUUUAGGGGAAUUAACACCUGUCUAUCGUGAUCUACUUCUGACGGCAACUUUGGUUGGCUGCAGGCACCGAGAUGCUUUAGUGAGAGCCAGCAGUUUGUCCAAUCUGGCAGAGCUGUGUAAACUGUUGAGGUUCUCUAUAGGACCAAUCAUACAUGAGGUUCUGAGUUGCUGUCGUGAUGUCAUCCAGUCUGACCCAGAUUCUGAACCCAGGAAAGCUGCGGCCAUGACCUUGACAUUGCUGUUACAAGGGCUGGGCAAAGAUUCCCUUCUGACCCUGUCUGAUGUCCUGUUGGAUCUCUACAGAAUUUUAAAAAGGUGCUUCACCUGUGAUGCUGACGACAAGGUCAGGUUCCAUGCACACCUGGCCCUGAAUGAACUGGACACCAUCAUGAGGGAGGCUUUGUUCACAGCCCCAGAGCUGAAGAAAACUAUCACAAUUUUGGGCUAUCAGUAAAGUGAAUAUUGGCUUGGUGCUUCAC